AUGACUUUUUCUUUUAAAAUGUACGGUGUGGUGUGUUUGGUGCUGUUUUCUUCGCUAUUAAGUCAACACACAGAGGCUGCAGCUGUUAUAUCGAUUGAUUUUGGAUCCGAAUGGAUCAAAACGGGCAUCGUUUCGCCGGGAGUUCCGAUGGAAAUAGUUCUAAAUAAAGAAUCUAAACGGAAAACGCCAGCUGUUGUGGCAUUUAAAGAUGGUGUAAGGACAUUUGGUGAAGAUGCCGUAACUGUUGGCGUCCGAUUCCCGAAAAACACGUACAAAUAUCUUUUAGAUCUUUUGGGAAAGCCAUAUGAUCACCCAUUAGUGCAAUCCUAUAGAGACCGCUUUCCAUAUUAUGAAAUUGUAGCUUCAGAAAGAGGAACACCUGAGUUUAUUCAUGAUGAGAACACAAGAUUUACACCAGAAGAAUUAGUAGCACAGCUUCUUGCUAAGUCUAAGGAAUAUGCAGAGAUAAGCCAUGGUCAACCGAUAAUGGAAUGUGUCAUAACUAUACCUGGUUACUUUAAUCAAGCUGAACGUAGGGCAAUGAAAGAAGCAGCUUCUCUUGCUGGGCUUAAUGUACUACAACUAAUCAAUGACUACACUGCCAUAGCGAUAAAUUAUGGUAUUUUUAGGAGAAAGGAAAUUAAUGAAACAGCUUGGCAUACCUUGUUCUUUGACAUGGGAGCUGCAUCAACAAAGGCUGCAUUAGUAGAGUACAAAACUGUAAAAACAAAGGAAAAGGGUUAUGUAGAGACAGUGCCACAAUUACAAGUUAUUGGUGUUGGGUUUGAUAGGACUCUAGGCGGUCUAGAGAUGACGCUACGUUUACGUGAACACCUUAUCAAGGCUUGGGAGGCCAAUGGAGGUGCUGAUGUAAGAGUCUCACCCCGUGCUAUGUCAAAACUUUUCAAAGAAGCUGAACGGCUAAAGAUUGUUCUUUCAGCAAACACAGAGCAUUACGCGCAAAUUGAGAGUCUGCUUGAUGAUAAGGACUUUAAGCAGUUGGUAACUCGCGCGGAGCUAGAAAGCCUGUGCACCGAUUUAUGGGACAGGGUAUCUAGUGUGAUUCAACGAGCUAUUUCAUCCGCUGGCGGCGCCGGCGCUGGUGCUAAGGUUAUCGUAGCUGGAGGUUCAUCUAGAGUUCCCGCUGUACUGGAAGCGUUAAGGAAGGCUGCUGGUGUUGAUCCACACAAGUCUAUAAACGCAGAUGAGGCGGCUACCCUUGGCGCUGUGUAUAGAGCUGCUUCUCUUGCAACGGGCUACAAAGUUGCACCACUCAAUGUUCGAGAUGCUGUGUUGCUGCCAAUACAAGUGGUGUUCACAAGACAUGUUGAUGGAAACGAUAAAUUGAUUAGAAGAAUUCUUUUUGGUCCGAUGAAUCCAUACCCUCAGAAGAAGGUCAUCACUUUCAACAAACAUACAGAUGACUUUAGUUUCAAUGUAAACUAUGCUGAGUUAGACCACAUACCAUCUGCUGAAUUAGUAAAUAUUGGCUCCAUAAAUCUUACACAAGUAGUACUUACAGGUGUUAAUGAAGCUCUGCGGAAAAACGUCGGCGAAAACGUAGAAAACAAGGGUGUAAAGGCCCAUUUCAAUAUGGAUGACUCUGGUAUACUUAACUUAGUUAAUGUUGAAUUUGUAGCAGAGAAAACUGUAACUGAUGCUGAUGAAGACAAAGAUAGUACAUUAUCUAAAAUCGGAAGUACUAUUAGCAAAUUAUUCGGUUCAGAUUCAGAGCUACCGGAAAAAACUGAGGAUGCCAAACCAGAGGAAAAGCCCCAAGAAGCAGAAAAAAAUAAUACAGAAAAAUCUAAUGACACCACUACAGAAAAACAAAAUGCAACUGAACCAGAAAUCAAACCUAAACCAAAAAUAGUUGUUAUAAAGGAACCUAUUAAAUCCGAUGAGCAAAUAUUAAAUUUACUACCGAUGACUCCUGAGCAGUUCAAAUCUUCAAAAGACAAAAUUAGCAAAUUGCAAGAUAUUGAUAGAAAACGUAUUGAAAGAGAAACUGCACUGAAUAAUUUAGAGGCUUUUGUUGUAGACGCACAAAUGAAAGUGGAUAUGGAAGAAUACGCUGAAUGUGGAACACCGGAGGAAAUUGAAGAUAUCAAGAAGUUAUGUAGUGAAGUAACCGAAUGGCUCUAUGAUGACGGCUAUGAAGCUGAAACAGAAACGUUUGAGCAGAAAUUGAACACUGUAAAAGAAAAGACCAAUUCAGUAUUUUAUAAACACUGGGAACAUAGAGAAAGACCUGAUGCUGUUGCUGCAAUCAAAAGCGUCUUAAACAAUUCACAAGAAUUCCUGAAAAUGGCUAAAAAUUACACAAAAGAAGUAAGCGCCGAUAGGGAUGUGUUUACUGAUGUAGAAAUAUCGAUUUUGGAAAAGAAAAUCGAAGAAACUCAAACUUGGCUCGAUAAAUCUGUUCGCGAACAAAACUCCCUCAAGAAAAAUGAAGACAUUAAGUUGACCGUUGAAAGCAUCAGGGAAAAGAUAUCUAAUUUGGAUCGUGAAGUCAAAUAUUUGCUUAAUAAAUUAAAAAUUUGGCGACCCAAGAAGCCGAAGAAGGAGGAAAACAAAACCGAAACCAUAACAGAAUCUGAACCAGAACAACAGGAAGAACAGCCGGUUGAAGAAGAACCUCCAAAGGAAACAGAAAAGACGGAGCCACCAGCGACAGACGAGGCUACUGAAAUACCGCAACUAGACAGUAAUAAUGAACAUUCCGAGUUAUAA